CAAUCGUUUGUUUACUUUCUGAAAUUAAAGUGCAUCAGAAGCCAGGAUCCUAAAUCAGAAGUAUAAAGUAAUUAGCGGCAAAAAAGGAACAGGAUUUGAAUUAUUUGGUUAAUUGAACUCACGAUAAAAGUCUAAAAGCACCAGCCAAUCUCGCUGUGGAGGAUAAGCCGAACAAGUACUAGCGUUCUGCCACAGCCAACAGGAGAGGUAGAGCGAAGUAGACAGGAAAGCGGCAACGUCUGGGAGAUUCGUCAUCACAGUCACUCGGGAUGGAAUGUUUUGGAACCCUACACGCUCUGGGCAUGAAAGGCCUUCGUGUGCUUUUAUAGUAAAAACUGACCCAGAGAUAUUUUAUUUAUAUGGAAAUGUCCUUUCUGAAAGCAAAGGAUUGGGAUCUAACGCAAACUCAGCGUGCUAACAAUGCUGAUCGAAGAAACGAAAACCUAAACGAUUUCAUUCCAAGUAAAUUAACCGAUAUCAAAAAGAAUAAUUUCGAUUAUUCGAAUUCAAAUCAUGGUUCAGAAAACAGUGAGCAUUCAAAUGUCAUUUCUGGAAGCUGUAAUGAAUACGAACAAACCGAUGACCUACAAAACAAUCAGCAAAACAGUCUACAGGAAAACAUUCUUACCUCAACCACUGAUACAUCACGUCAACAUGAAUGCAAGCUUUGUGGUAAACGAUUCCUCCAUAAAAAGAAUCUGGACGAACAUGAUUUGCUACAUCGGGUACGCCCUUUUCGUUGUGAUGUCUGUGGUAACACUUUCACUAGGAGCGACCGCCUAUUGAUUCAUCAACGUUCACACACGGGUGAGCGACCGUUCAAGUGCACUGUAUGCGACAAAGAUUUUACCAGCCACUUUGCUUUAACCGGACACAUGCGGCUUCAUACCGAUGAGCGCGCGGCUACCUUAAUCGGACACAAUCGUCUUCAUGCGGAAGAGCGUCCCUGCAAGUGCACUGUGUGUGGCAAAGAUUAUUGCCACCAACAUUCCCUAAUCGAACACAUGCGCCUUCAUACUGGUGAGCGGUCAUUCAAGUGCACCGUGUGCGAUAAAGAUUUUGCCCGUAAAAGCGUUCUAACUGCACACAUGCGUCUUCAUACCGGCGAUAGGCCGUUUAAGUGUAACGUUUGCGGCCAAGAUUUUACCCAGAGUGGUAGUCUAAUUAGACACAUGCGCCGUCAUACGGGUGAACGUCCGUAUAAGUGCAAACUAUGCGGUGAAGCUUUUGCCAAAAACUGUACCUUAACCGCACACAUACGUCUUCACACGGGCGAGCGGCCUUAUAAGUGCACCAUUUGCGGUGACGAUUUUAUUCGAAGAAACCAGCUAGCCAAUCACAUGCGCCGUCAUAGGGAUAACUAUCAUUACAAGUGUGAUGUGUGUGGUAAAAAAACUGAAGACUUGAAUACGCAUAUGUGCAUUGUUAGCAGUGAUUCACCACAAAGUGAGAAAAAAAUGCUUCAUCGGAAUUCACACAAGGGUAUGCGGCCGUAUGAGUGUACCGUGUGCGGUAAAGCUUUUGCUCAGCAAAGCCAUCUAGAUGAACACACGCGUUGUCAUACGGGCGAACGACCGUACAACUGCAUUACGUGCGGUCAAGAUUUUGCCAGACGCUUUUCGCUUACCAAACAUAUGCGCCUGCAUACGGAUGGCUCCAUGUAUGAGUGUGAUGUGUGUGGUAAAGGAUUCAGAGUCGCUACUAGCUUGAAGCGGCACAAGACCGUCCAUACCGGUGAGCGGCUGUACAAGUGUACCAUGUGCGGUAAAGAUUUUGCGAAAAAAUGUUUUCUAUCCGAACAUAUGAACUUUCAUACGGGUGAACGACCACACAAAUGCAUCACGUGCGGGAAAACUUUUUACACAAGAGAUGCUUUCGUCAAACACACGCGCUUUCAUACGGGUAACUAUACAUUCAAGUGUGAUAUUUGUGGCAAAGGAUUCGGUUCAAAUACUCAGCUCAAAGAGCACACGAAUAUGCAUACCGGUGAGCGGCCGUACAAGUGCGAGGCGUGCGGUAAAGGUUUUGCCCGAAAAUCAGUCCUAUCCUUACAUAUGCGCGUUCAUACGGGUGAACGGCACAAGUGCAUUACUUGCGGCAAAGAUUUUGCUAAAAAAUCUACCCUCACUCAACAUAUGCGCCAUCAUGUGGCUAGCGAUACAAUAGUGUGAAAUGUAUGGCGAAAGAUUGAAUGUCGUUAUUUCCUUGAAGGAGCACAAGAACAUUAAUACAGCUGAGCGACCGCACGGGAGGGAUAUAAGAAGAAAAGAGCAAGUUUCACAUUCUCCAUUCAUUCACACAUUGUUCUCGGGACUAUGUAUGCCUUCAUGAAUGUACACAUCCUAAUUUUCUGAUUAGCGGUUAAGAUUUCAUGGAAAUGUUUGCGUGCUGCAAUAGCUGCAAAUAUUUCUCCUUA